AUUAAAAUGAAUAAACAAAAGCCUUGUUUUCUUUCUUACGAGGUUUGGUUGGAAUGUUCCGAAAUUAGUGGAAACUAACAGCUGAUAAUUUUUAGGUUAAUGUAAACGUGACUGGGAAUAUUUAUAUGUAGCUGAUACAAGUUAUUUAGGACAUUUGGUCGAAGUGUGUUUUAGAGAAUGACGUUAUACCAUUUUGGAAACUGCGUUGCUCUCGUAUAUGUUCCUUAUUAUCUGACUUACAAAUAUUCCGGACUAUCCGAAUAUGGUGCCUUUUGGAAAUGUGUUCAAGCAGGAGGCAUAUACGUGUUUACUCAGCUUUGUAAAAUGCUUGUGUUGGCUACCUUUUUCCCAGCUAGCGACGUUGGUGGACAAGACGUGAUAGCGGAAUUCCUUAAGGCAUCUGUUGAGGUUGCAGACCUCUGUGGAAUGUAUGCUGUGCUGGCAGGCAUACCAGGCAAAGGUCAUGCUAAGGUGUUGACAGCUGGUAUUGGUUGGGCAGGUGCUGAUGUACUGCUGACACGUCUCCUGCUGCUUUGGGUAGGAGCUCGUGGUGCUGAAUUUGACUGGACUUAUAUACGCGCCUCUCUGGACUCAAAUAUCAGUCUAGUUCGGCAUCUUACAAGUGCAGUGUUGGUUUGGUUGUGGUCUCGUCAUGACCUAAAACGCUCACUGCUUCCCGCUGUGUCUGCAUUGCUGCUGCUCUGUGCCUACCAACUCCCACUGUGUGAUGUGAUAGCAGCCACUGCAAAUGUGGGGCCCUGGAUGGCACUGCUGGUUCGUGCCGUGUCUACACUAUGCCUCGCAGCUGCAGCUCUUUGGUUUUAUGCAGGACUUGCUGGGGCAAAUACGUAGUGUAGUUACACCUACACUGUUUUCAGUUUGUUUUGAGUACACAACUUGUGUGUGCUGUCAAUGAAGCUGAACUGCUGUGCAGCAGUUUCAUCAAAUGGACUCAGACAAUUGAGCUUGUUUCUCCCUGCAGUUGCAGAAACAAUAGUGAACCAAAUUUUCGUGUAGUCAUGUUGCUAGACGAUAGAAAAAGAUAAUGAAUUGUGUGAUAGUUGUAUUUGAUGUAAAUUAAAUGAGGAACCUUUCUGUGGAAACACUCAACUUCACACCUA